CCAUUUUAAAUCGACCAGUUCGAUUCGCGAAUCCAACGUUUUAGGAUUUACCUCCUUAAUUUUAGGGGUUAGCCUAAUCACGCGUUAUCCCGCCGCACGAAAAUGCCGCCGCAAGGCGACUUACCGGAAAUCCGCGAGGAGUCGCAGUUCGCGACGGUGACCUUAGGUCGUACGAAAAGUGCCGUUUUGAGUGACGGGAACGACAAGGAAAUCAAAAAGGAUAGCGACGACACGUUCGAGUUCGACGAUUUAUUGCCGCACGUGGGAGAAUUCGGACUUUAUCAGAAAAUUUUGUUUUUGUUAAUGAUUCCGUUCGCGUUUUUCGUCGCGUGGGUCUACUUUAGUCAAAUUUUCAUCACGAUCACCCCCGAGCGAUAUUGGUGCAGGGUGCCCGAAUUGGAAAACUUAACAAGGGAGGAAAGAGUCCACCUGGCUAUUCCAAACGGAGAGGGCGGUCUAGAAAAAUGCCAAAUGUACGCGGUAAACUUCACCGAACUGCUUCUGGUCGGCGUCACCGAGCCGGACCCGUCCUGGCCGAGGAAACCGUGCGACAGCGGCUACGAGUACAACUUCACAACCGACGACGUUCCGUACGCUUCCAUUUCAGCCGAGUUCGAUUGGGUUUGCGAAAAUGCUGCUCUUCCUACGAUAUCCCAAUCGAUUUUCUUCUGCGGCGCGAUCCUGGGCGGUUUGGUUUUCGGCUGGCUCGCCGAUAGCAAGGGUAGAAUACCGGCGCUUGUCGGUACGAAUUUCGUUGGGUUCGCCGCAGGUGUUGGCACCGCGUUUUGCAACUCGUUUUGGACCUUCUGCUUGUGCAGGUUUCUGGUCGGGAUGGCCUUCGAUAAUUGCUUCACGAUGAUGUAUAUCUUGGUAUUGGAGUACGUUGGGCCGAAGUGGAGGACUUUUGUGGCGAAUAUGUCGAUUGCGAUGUUCUUCACUUGCGCUUCAUGCGUGCUUCCUUGGAUCGCGUGGUACUUGGAGGAUUGGAGAAUGCUUUGCGUCGUGACAUCCGUGCCUUUGGCUUUGGCCGUUUUCACUCCGUGGUGCGUACCUGAAUCCGCCAGGUGGCUCGUGUCGCAAGGGCAAAUCGACAAAUCAAUCGGCAUACUCAAAAAAUUCGAAAGGAUCAACGGAACUAAGGUUGAAGAGAGUAUGUACAAGCAAUUUAGGGACAGCUGCUAUAAAGCGCAGAAGGAGGAAGAGGACUCGAAGUCGUACUCGGUCAUCGAUCUCUUUAAGACGCCGCAUUUGAGGAAAAUUACGCUUUUGUUAAUCUUAAUAUGGAUGGCAAUCUCCUUAGUAUUCGACGGACAUGUGCGUAAUGUGGGCUCCCUGGGACUUAAUGUCUUCCUUACCUUUACGAUAGCGUCCGCCACCGAAUUACCGGCGGAUACGUUUUUAACGAUCACUCUGGAUAGGUGGGGGAGAAGAUGGCUGGCUUUUGGUACCAUGGCUAUGAGUGGAAUCUUCAGUUUGUUGGCCACCACAGUACCAUUAGGCAUUCCCUCCGCGACGAUGGCCAUAAUCGGUAGGUUCGCGAUAAAUAUCACUUACAACAUCGGACUUCAGUACGCCGCCGAGCUUCUGCCGACGGUUGUGAGGGCGCAAGGCGUCGCACUAAUACACAUAAUGGGAUACGUGGCGAGUAUCGUUGCGCCGUUCGUCGUUUACCUCGCGACCAUCUCACCGUCGUUCCCGCUAAUUAUCCUCGGUAUAGUGGGCAUUCUCGGCGGAUGCCUGGCGCUAUUCCUCCCCGAAACGUUGGGCCACGAGCUGCCGCAGACGCUGCAGGACGGCGAGACGUUCGGCAGGGAUCAGAAAUUCUUGGAUUUCCCCUGCAAGUCGAGGAGCGAAGGGUGCGUGAAGGAGCAACCGGAAAAAUUCCGCAGGACAGGCUCAUUGAGGGCUUCGUUCAGGGGUGAAGCUCGAUCGAGUAUAAUUAAUAGGUCGUCGUUGCGUGCCCGAAACCCUUCCAGCAUAUAAAGUCCUUUUCAUUGUGAUAUACCUGCCUUUGUGAUUCGCGAAUUAUUUAUGUAUUUAAUUUUAAGGAAAUAAAUUAUACUUUUACACGUUAA